AUGUUCGACUUCAUAUACAGCUGUAUCUCAGAGAGACCGGCGAAAAAGCCACAUCCUCCCACCGACCCCAGAUCCCCGGAGUCCAUUGCCUCCGCUAUUGUCACUAAGAUCCUCAAUGCCGACGAACCCUACUUGCUCGAAAAACAACUGAAGGAGGAAUUUUCCACCGAUGGUUGGACUGACGCCAUAGCACAGGCCAUCCUCCGCGGCUUAGAGAAUGCAAUCAAAUCCGGUGCGGACAUGGCGCGAGCUGCGUCUGAUGCUGCGACCCAAAGCAGAAAUGCCGCUGUCGGCUUUGCAACGGACCAUCCUGUAUAUGCUACGCUAAUUGCAUUGGGGAUUCUGGCCUUGUUGACGCCGUGGGCUCUGGAAAUCCUUGGGUUUGCGGAGUUGGGUCCGAUUGAGGGCUCGUUUGCAGCUGCAUGGCAAAGAACAUAUGCUGGAUAUGUGCCUAAGAAAGCUUUGUUUGGGUAUUUCCAGAGGCUGGGGAUGAAAUGGCAUUGGAUUUAG